CGCGCCGAGGGGCGGGAGGCAGCCAUGUCGCUAUUGUCUCGGGCGCUGCCCGCGCUGCGGCUCUAUUGCAUCGGCCUCGCCGUCGCCCUGCACCAGCUGCUGCGCCGCCUCCGCCCCGGCGGGCCCCCCGCGCCAGGUACUCAUUAAUGAGUGAAGGAUCAAAAGGUGGGACGGUGGCCAAGAAGCAAUGGAGAAUAAAAGCUUAGAAGGCUCGCCAUCAGAUCUAAAGUUAGUGGCUCAUCCAAGAGCAAAGAGUAAAGUAUGGAAGUACUUUGGGUUUGAUACUAAUGCAGAAGGAUGCAUAUUACAGUGGAAGAAAAUCUAUUGCCGCAUCUGCAUGGCCCAAAUUGCCUAUUCAGGAAACACGUCCAACCUUUCAUACCACCUUGAGAAAAAUCAUCCUGAUGAGUUCUGCGAAUUUGUGAAAAGUAACACUGAGCAAAUGAGGGAAGCGUUUGCUACUGCAUUUUCAAAACUGAAGCCAGAAUCAUCACAGCAGGUUGUUCAAGACACUUUAAUUAUGAAGACCAGCCACAAUUAUGAAAACAAAAAGCAUCAAGAAUUGACUUCUGCUGUGAUUAGCCUAAUUUGUGAGGGCAUGUAUCCUUCCUCUAUAGUUGAUGAACCCACAUUCAAGGCACUUUUGAGAACAGCUGAUCCUAGAUAUGAACUUCCUAGCAGGAAAUAUUUCUGCACAAAAGCAAUUCCUGAAAAAUACAAUGCUAUUAGAGAAAUUGUUUUAAAAGAACUUACUGAAAUUCUAUGGUGUGGCAUAUCCACUGACAUGUGGAGAAGUGAAAACCAGAAUAGAUCGUAUGUAACACUUGCAGUUCAUUUUCUGAAUAGUAGCCCUUCUAACUGUCUGGCUGUUAACUCCCGGUGUUUAAAAACGUUUGAAGUGCCAGAGGAAAAUACUGCAGAAACUAUUACACGAGUCCUUUAUGAAAUCUUUAUUGAAUGGGGGAUCAAUACAAAAGUCUUUGGUGCUACAACAGAUUAUGGUAAAGACAUUGUGAAAGCUUGCUCUCUCCUAGAUAUUCCAGUACAAAUGCCUUGUUUGGGGCAGACUUUUAAUGCAGGAAUACAACAAGCUUUUCAGCUUCCAAAACUGUGCAGCCUUCUUGCCAGGUGCCGAAAACUGGUGGAAUAUUUUCAGCAGUCCACGGUCGCAAUGUACAUGUUAAGUGAGAAGCAGAAGCAACAAAAUAUUCUGCACUGUAUGCUUGUAAGUGAUCGUGUUUCCUGGUGGGGAAGCACACUUGCCAUGUUGCAACGUCUUAAAGAACAGCAGUUUGUAAUUGCAGCAGUUCUUGUGGAGGACAGCAAUAACCACCAUCUGAUGCUGGAAGCCAGCGAAUGGAAUACAAUUGAAGGCCUGGUGGACCUACUUCAGCCCUUUAAACAGGUUGCUGAGAUGAUGUCUGCUUCAAAAUAUCCAACAAUAAGUAUGGUGAAACCCCUCCUCCACAUGCUUCUAAAUACCACGUUGAACAUCAAAGAGAAUGAUUUGAAAGAAAUCAGCAUGGCCAAGGAAGUGAUAGCCAAAGAGUUAUCAACAACAUACCAGCAUACACCUGAGAUAGACAUGUUUCUCAAUGUUGCAACUUUUCUGGACCCUAGGUACAAAAAACUACCUUUCCUUUCAGCAUUUGAACGGCAACAGGUAGAAAACAGAGUGGUGGAGGAAGCAAAAAGCCUUUUGGAAAAAGUAAAAGAAAACACUUUCAGGCCUGAAGAAAAGUUCUUUACAGUGUCAGAAGAGCCACCUGUGAAAAAAAUAAUCAUCUCCUCUACCCCUCCCCCUACCAGCGCAAUCAAUAACAUGCUUGCGGAAAUCUUUUGCCAGACAGGAGGGGUGGAAGACCAAGAGGAAUGGCAUGCUCAGAUUGUUGAGGAAUUGAGCAACUUUAAGUCACAAAAGGUUCUUGGUCUAAAUGAAGACCCACUUAAAUGGUGGUCUGACAGACUAGCAUUAUUUCCUGUUUUACCAAAGGUACUUCAGAAAUAUUGGUGUAUUCUUGCCACAAGAGUCUUCCCUGAACGCCUUUUUGGUUCCUCUGCUAAUGUUGUAAGUGCUAAGAGAAACCGGUUAGCCCCAGCUCAUGUUGAUGAGCAGAUCUUUUUGUAUGAAAACACUCGCAAUGUGUCUGAAGCAGAACCUGAAGAUGAGGAUGAAGGCGAGUGGGGCUUGGAACAGGAACAGAUUUUUAAUUUAAAUGACACAGUAAAUGUAAACAGCAAUUUCUUUAAUAUCCGAGACAGUGGGUUCAUUUAACAGGAAUACUAUGGUACAUUAAAUAACAAAGAAAAGGUAUUUGUCUUAAGUUACCAAAAUUAUUCUGUUUGAUGCUAUGAAUACUGUAAAUAUUGAACAAGCGUAAGAGACUUGGUUUAAGCUUCUAUUGUAUGUCUUUCUCACUAUCUUCAAACAUGAAUAACUUGUGAUUAUACAGCACUGAAAUGAACAAGGAAGUAAUUCUGCAAAGACCAUGACUCCUGACUCUGGCCCCAAUUUCAGGAAAGCACUUAUGCAUGUGUUUAAUUCCCAUGUACUUCAGUGGGGGCAGGUCUACACUACCCGCCUGAAUCGG